GAUAACAAGCCCACUCCCACCAAUUUAAAAAAAAAAAAAGCGACGCCAAUCCGAUGGUAGGAACACUUUAACGCCGGAGCCAGUAAUCCGCAUCCGCCAAGAUGAUCAAGCUUCUGCCACGGGCGGAUGUGCCCGGUGGGUACCACAAUGUCCGGUGCGGCGAGGUGCUCUUCAGUGCACCCGCCUCCUGGGGCGUCUGCUGCGGGCUGUGCAGCCAGCGCUUUGCUUUGGACAGCUUUCCGGAACACUUCCGGACGAAGCACCUCACCGGGCACUGUGCCACCCAGGAAUCCGCCGUCAAGCCCCAGAGCGAUCCCAUUGCCCAGGACGCCAGCGAAUCGCAGAUAAGCGAGGAGAUUGCCGACGACCAUGUGGAUGGGCCAAGCAUGGACACCGAGGCGGAAAAGGAGGUGGAAGAGGAGGAGAGUGCUGCGCGCCAACAUCUCCAGCGGGCGGCGGCGAUGAAGAAAACACUGUACGAGACCCAGGAGGAUUUGCUGGACAUGGAUCCCGACUGGAUGGGCGACAACGAUGAUGGCCACGAGGAGGACCAAGAGGACAGCGAUUCGGAUGACGAUGAGUCCACUCAGCCCAGCGACGACACUAAGGAUAUGCUCUUCCAAUGCGAUCAGUGCGACCGAGCGUACUCAAGCAGGCGCAGCCUGACGACCCAUCGCCGCUUGAAGCACAGCGAUGCCUCCGUAAACGGUCCCAGGAAGCGGAAUGGCCCGCCGCAGGAGUACAAAUGCGAGGAGGAGGGCUGCAACCAAACGUUUCGCACGGAACGCGAUCUGCGCGGCCAUCGCUGGAAGCACACCGGCAUCGUUUGCGACAUCUGCGGCAAGCCCUUCACCCAGUCGGGCAACAUGAUGACCCACCGCCUGCGGCACACUGGCAUCAAGCCGCACAAGUGUCCGGACUGCGAUGCCACCUUUUACACGCAGAAGGAGCUGUCCUCGCACAGCAUCUGUCAUACGGGUCGCAUGCCCUGCAUUUGCGAGAUCUGCGGACGACCUUGCCGGGAUCGGGGCGUGCUAACGGCCCACAUGCGUCGCCACACGGGCGAAAGGCCGGCCAAAUGCGGCGUUUGCGGCAAGGCCUUCUAUAGCUUCCAUGACCUCAAUGUCCAUGCUGUUUCGCACACCAAUUUGCGACCCUUCGCUUGCGACAUUUGCGGUUCGACGUUCCAAAGGAAGAAGGCGCUGCGGGUGCACAAAUUGCUCCACUCGGAGAAGCGCAAGUACGAAUGCAAGCUGUGCGGCAAGACUUUCGCCCAAUCCGGCGGCCUAAACGCUCACAUGCGUAGCCACGAUCCGGGGAGAGUUAAGACAGCUGUUAAACCUCUGCCGCAGUCAGUCACCAUCGAGGUGAUCGAGGGCAAGACACCGCCGAACACCACCAUCACCAUGGCCAUCGACCUUGAUGUGGAGGAGCAGCUGGUUGAGCAGACCGAAAGCGCCCCCGCCACUUGGCGCCUGGCUAACUGAGCUGCUGGAUAGGAUUAGGUUUAGAUUUAGUUAAGCAACAAGCACCAAAAUGCGCCAUAACGAAUACCAGAAAAGUUUUAAUUUUCAAGAAAAUCAAUAAAAUGUUAAGAUGAAGA